UUUCAGCUUCCGGGUUAUGUGCAUGCUGGGCCACACGUGGGUAUGAGAUCAGGAUUAUAACAGCCAGUCCCACAGACACCUAAAGAGAAAAAACACAGAAGCCAUGGAAGAAAGCUUUCCUCGUGGAGGUACCCAGUCUAAGUCGGCCCAACCAAAGAUUAAAAAGAGGCCCCAGGAAAAUGAUAACCUGUUCUCUACCCAUCAUGAGGAAGAUGACAAUGAACCAAUCAGGAAGAAAAAGAAGACCAAUCUGGUCAGAGAGAAACCAAAGUUUAUUCGUCAGGAAAAGCGGAAAACACCUGUUUCAAAGGAGCAACCUGUGGAUAUCCUGAGGUUUAAGAAUCUCAAGGUUGGCAUGCUGUUGCUGGGAUGUGUAAAAGAAGUUAAAGACUUUGAAAUGGCUAUCAGUCUGCCAUAUGGAAUGACGGGAUAUGCCCAUGCAACACAUAUUUGCGAGGCAUACUCUAAAAUUCUAAGUGAGCAGGCAGAAAAAGAUGUCCCUUUGGAGGCACUUGCGCCCCUGCCUGAUCUGUACUGUCCUGGGAUGCUGGUAAGAUGUGCCGUCAGUAGUUUGGAAUCUACAUCUCGUGGUUUUCAAAGCAUCAAACUAUCCAUCAAUCCGCAGGAUGUCAACAAACUCCUCGCUGACGCAUCUUUGCGACCGGGAAUGCUGCUUUCAGGGUGUGUAUCCAGUAUAGAAGAUCAUGGGUAUAUCAUUGACUUAGGAGUCGCUGGAACUAAAGCCUUCCUGCCCCGUCAAAAAGCUCAAGUAUAUUUAAAACAGACAAAUAAAUCGACAUCUCUGAAGGUGGGACAGUAUCUGAACUGCGUGAUUGAAGAAGUGAAGAAUGAUGGGAGGAUUGUGCGUCUGUCGAUCACGCAGCCUGAUGUCGCUGCAGCUGUUGCAACAGAGCAACAGAACUGGUCUCUUAAUAAUUUGUUGCCAGGGUUGAUUGUUAAAGCCACUAUUAAGAAGGUGUCAAAUGACAAAAUCACCUUGUCCUUCCUUUCAUCCUUUACUUCGACAGUAGAUUUCUUACACUUUGAACCCAAAAAAAGCAGUGAAUACAGUGUUAACCAGGAGGUCAAAGCUUGUAUCUUGUGGGUCGAUCCCUCUUCAAAGAACAUCCGUCUGACGCUUCGCCAAUCAUUGAUCCAGCCGGGCACCUUACUACGCCAGCUCUCCAGCAGUCUGACUGGUUCUGUGUUGGAGAACUGCACUGUGAAAGCCUUGUUUAAGUCCGUGGGAGCAUUACUUGAACUCAAUGGCGACACUAUGGGGUUUGCCUUCAAACACCAACUUCUUUCAAAAGAAGAAGAAUCCAAGGGUCUUGGAAAGUUCAAGCAGGGCACCAGCCACACGGUGCGUGUCCUUGAGUUUAGCCCCAUGGAUGAGACCAUCUUCGUCUCUUUAAAGCCGGGCAUCAUUGGCGGACUGUACCUGACGCACAAUGAAAUAAAGGCUGGACAGCUGUUGGAGGGGGAUGUGGUGAAUAUUGAGCCUGUAGGCAUGGAAGUGAGAAUCACCAGUUACAUCUCUGGCCUCGUACCUCGUCUCCACUUGGCCGACGUCCAGCUACACCAGCCAGAACUAAAAUACAAGAAAGGACUCAAAAUUAAAUGCAGGGUCCUGACUAUUGUUCCAUCUGCCAAGAAACUUAUCUUAACACGGAAGAGGACUCUAAUAAAUUCCAAGUUGCCAAUCAUUGCCAGUUAUCAGGAUGCACAACCCGGUCUGGUCACUCACGGCGUCAUUGCAGCAAUCAAGAAUUAUGGCUGCAUUAUUAAAUUCUACAAUGAAGUUCAAGGGCUGGCUCUAAGGCGGGAGUUGAGCUCUGAGCACAUUCAGAAUUUAGAAGAAGUCUUCUAUAAAGGACAGGUGGUCAAAGUACGGGUGGUGAGUUGCGACAUGGAAAAAGAGCGAAUGCAAGUGUCCUUCAAAAUAAUAGAAGAGGAAGAGGAGGAGGAUGAGCAGAAUUCAGAAAAGCGGCUUCAGAACAGAAACGCAGCAAGCAUAGAAAUUGGGAAGAUGGUUGACAUAAAAAUUGUCCAGAAGACUGAGAAGGGAUUGAAAGUUGUAACUCUUCCAGAGAAAAAAAACGCUUUCCUUCCUAAAAUGCACCUUUCUGAUAUUAUUGGAAACUGUGAGCUAUUUUGGCACGGCCUGGAGGAGGGAGACCAGCUCCAUGGGGCGAUGUAUCUCAGCAAAGUCAAAGGAGAGAUUAUAUUGACUAGAAAGCCUGCCCUGAUUUCGUCUUUGGUGGAUGGCGAGUGUGUGAAAGACAUCUCUGAACUACAGAUCGGAAUGAUUCUCACUGGAUUCGUCAAUACCAUAAUGUCAUAUGGAGUAUUCGUGGCAUUCCCAUAUGGUCUGGUUGGAUUAGCACCCAGAGCUGCGCUAUGCGACCAGUUUGUGACUGAAAUUGGUGACCAUUUUGCGGAAGGCCAGACUGUGACUGCUAAGGUCACCGAGAUCAACGAAGCUAAGAAACGCUUCCUACUGACUCUGAAGAUGUCUGACUGCGCACCAGACGACUGCUCAGCAGAGAGCUUCGCUCGACUCAGCCAAUGUUUACAAGAACACCAACUCCUAAGGGAUCUGAUUAACAGCCGAGACUCAGAGGACGAUGGACAUAUCACCACGCUAGUCCCAGGAAGAAAACUUAGCUUGGUGGUUGGGGAUGUUCAAGAAGAUGGGUCGUUCCUGUUCAGUGUUGACCAGAUCCCUGGAGCGAAGCAAGUGUCUGCUGCCCAGUGUAACCUUGGAGAUCAAAAUAUAGUUAGUGGCCAGAAAGUGAAAGCUGUGGUUCUGCACGUUGAUGCUGUGAAAUUCCAUGUCCACGUCUCUCUAGAUAAGCUGCUGAUGGCCAACAAGAAAGAGAGACUCAAAGAAAAUUCCACUUUUUCUGCCAUUGUGCAACACAUAGCAGAUGAAUUUGCUGUUGUCUCACUGGAUGGCACUGGUCACCUAGCAGCUGUUCCUCUGUCUUCUCACAUUAACGACACCUUCCGCCCUUCUUCGCCAAAACUCCAAUUGGGUCAAACAGUCUCCCUAACGCUAAAAACAGCAUGUGCGGAAGAGCACGGACUUUUGCUGGCCAUACAGAAUGUUUCUACCAAGAAUCACAGGAAGUCAGAACAAAAAGCAAAAAAGACAGCGGUGAAGAUGGCAGCAAGCUGGGAGAUAGGAGAGGUUGUCACGGGAACUGUGAAAACGGUGAAGCCAACCAGCGUCAUUGUCUCCAUUUAUGAUAAUUUGGUUGGAUUUAUUCACGUGUCUCAGAUAGCAGAAGAUGUUACGGUUGGUUCUUACCCAACAGCAACGUUGAAGCCAAACCAGAGCAUCUCUUGUCGAAUCAUUGGAGGCCGAGAUAUAAAAUCACACCGAUUCCUGCCAAUCACUCAUCCGAAUUUGAAGCUGUCUUUCCCUGAGCUGAGCAUCCUGCCCAGUGUAAUGGACAAGGAUCACAAAGUUCCUCCACCAAAGGACAUGAAUACGUAUAUUCCCGGCCAGACUAUUACAUGCUUUGUAGUGAAGUAUGAUGAGGAGAACAAAGUUUUGGAUGUAGAGGUCACGGAGGACAUUCGAGGGCGAAUUGAACAUCUGCUUGUUUGUCAGUCUCUAAAAGUUUUAAAGCGUCCAGACAAACAUUUCCGACCGGGGCAGGCCUUGUCUGCUACAAUAAUUAAAGGCAUCUCUUCUGGAAGAUUACUCCACUUAUCACUCACAGGCACCCCCGAAUUUAAGGAAGGUGAAGUUGUUUUUGGCUCUGUACAGAACGCCGUGCCCGGGUCAGGUUUGAUUGUAUCCCUUCCAUUUGGAAAGACCGGAAAAGUUGAUCUUACUCAAAUAAGUGACUGUUUUGCUGAUGUUUCAUUGGAAAACUUUACGCCUGGGAAAAUUGUCAGGUGUUACGUACUCUCUAUUUCACCUGCGAUCCAGCUUUCUCUCCGGCAGUCUAGGGUAAAUCCCAAAGGAAAAAUCAACGUGAAAGACCCUGAAAUCACUUCGGUUGAAAGCCUUGAAGACGGGCAGCUGGUUAAUGGCUUUGUUGAAAAAAUAAAUGAGAGAGGCAUAUUUUUUAGGUUAUCAAGCUCUGUUGUUGGCCAUAUCCAGUUUAAGAAUGUAACCAGUUAUUAUGUUGAAAACCAUACAGUAUACAAAAAACAUAUACCAGAAGGAAAACUGCUUACAGUCAAAGUUCUCAGCAAAGACACCAAGGAGAAUCACGUACAGCUCUCCCUUCUCCCGGUAGACACUGGGAAGCCGUAUGUUAUUCCAGAGUCUGCCGGCCUCAAACAAAAGAAAAGCAAGAAAAGGAAACAAACCGCCUCAGAGGGUGACACCAAGGUCGAUACCAAAAAGAAGAAAUCGAACCAAGAGAAAACAGAAGAUGAAGAUAGUGGAGUGGAGGUAUUGCCUCAAGAAAGCAAGACUAAAGAAAAACCUAAGAAGAAGGGUGACACUAAACCUAUCACAAGGCUGCAAGUCCCCGCCAGCUUUUCCUGGGACGUUAGUGUGGAAACCCUAAAAACAUCCUUAGUUGAUGCCCAAGAGAGCAGCUCAGACAGUGAGGACGAGGAGGAACAGCGACCAAAGACUAAGAAAACAAAGAAAGAGAAGGAAACAGAGAAGAAAGCAGCUGAAAAGGAGCUUUCUAAGAUAGAAGCCACCCUUCUGGAUCCCAAACGGCAGCCUCAGUCCGCCGACGACUUUGACCGACUCGUUAUUAGUUCCCCCAACAGUUCCAUUCUCUGGCUUCAGUACAUGGCCUUUCACCUCCACGCUACAGAGAUCGAGAAAGCACGAGCUGUGGCUGAAAGGGCUCUGAAAACAAUAUCUUUUAGGGAAGAACAGGAGAAGCUCAAUGUUUGGGUUGCGUUAUUAAACUUGGAGAACAUGUAUGGGGCAGAGGACACUCUACUGAAGGCUUUUGAACGAGCCGUCCAGUAUAACGAGCCUCUUAAAGUGUUCUUACAGCUGGCUGAUAUCUACAUCAAGUCUGAAAAGUUUAAGGAAGCGGAAAAUUUGUUUAAUACUAUGCUGAAACGGUUCCGCCAGGAAAAUACAGUAUGGUUGAAAUAUGCUACAUUCCUCCUAAAACAAGGGCAGGGGGAAGCUACACACAGGUUAUUGCAAAGAGCCUUGAAAUGUCUCCCAGAAAAAGAACAUAUUGAUGUCAUUUCAAAGUUUGCACAGCUUGAAUUCCAUCUUGGUGACGCAGAGCGCGGUAAAGCCUUGUUUGAGAGCACGCUGAGCAAUUAUCCAAAGCGAACAGACCUGUGGUCCGUUUACAUAGACCUGAUGAUGAAACAUGGCCUCCAAAAGGAAGUGCGAGCUAUUUUUGAGCGUGUCAUUAAUCUGAGCUUAGCUGCCAAGAGAAUCAAAUUCUUCUUCAAACGCUACCUGGAAUACGAGAAGAAACACGGCACCGCAGAGAACGUCCAGGCAGUGAAAGAGAAGGCUCUUAAAUACGUGGAGUCCAAAAGUUCUUUGACAAACACAUAAUACUUUGUGUCAACUGGGACUUGUGUUAAUGGCGGUGUAUAUAUGGCAUAUCUGCCGGGAGAGACUUCUUUCCGUUGUGUGUGUGAUCACACAGUUUGUCAUCUGAAAGCUUCUCCACGGGUU